UUAUUGAACUCACUCGCCAAGUUAUCAUGAAAGGGAAAUCCCACACAUUAAAACAGCCGAGUUUGAGCAACAAACAAAAUUUAACUCCACUUCCAAACUGAGCUUUGAAUUAUCGUGUUAAAACUACUAAUCCUAAGUAUAUCAGUUAAUUAUAAAAUUCAAGUGAGAGAAAGUGCAACAACACCAUCGCAUUCAUUUGAAGAUGGAUGGGGAGGGUGAAAGGAACGGAAUUUCUAAAAUUAGAGAUUUGAUAAGAAGACAACGACAAGAGUCAGAUGGGGGUUGUGAUGAGAGUUCCGAACUUGAUUUUAUCUACGAGGAUUCGGACACUUAUCCAAAUGAGAUUUCCGAGCUGUACAGUUACACGGAAGUUCCGGAAUUUAAGAAAAAUCUAGCAGCUUACGAAAAUGUCAUGACGAGGUGGAACAUUCCUCUGCAGUGGCAACGACUUUCACCAGAAUUGAGGAAAUCUGCCGUCCUUAGACUUAUUAACAGGCUGGAAAUGUCGAAUAAGACGGUGCGCGCGGAGGGGGCGAGAGCUGUUUUGUACAUUGCACAGGGCUGUUGGAGUGAAGUCCAAUCUGACCAAGAACAGCAGCAGUGGACGAGAUAUAAUGUCGCCCUUUUAAUUAAGGGUGGAGUUUUUCAUGCCGUUGUUGAAAUUCUAAGCUUGGAAAUUGAGUUUGGGCCAAUGGCGAUAAGAAAACCUGCUGUUAGUCUUGCAGAUUCUGCAGAACUUCGAGUAAUUUUGAGUAUACUGUAUACAAUUGUGGAGACAGUCCGGUCAAAAUCUGAGGAUGAUACUGGCGAAUUUGAAGAACUCAGGAAAAGCUUUAAGACAGAACUAGGUCAACCUAUCCGUGAUGAAUUACUUGCCAGCAAGCUACUUAAUAUGGUUAUUAAGUUUUGUGGGGGGUCGGCGCCACAUUUUCCCAUAAAGAAGGUUUUACUGCUUUUAUGGAAAGUCAUAUUAUUAUCAUUGGGAGGCACACCCGAACUACGAGAGCUUAAAGGUAAAUAUAGAGAAUUAGCUGAACUCUCACCUUUAAAAGAAGAUACAAUAGAAGUUUCGAAGACAAUGCGAGCAGCUUCUCCACCCGCCAGUGCAACUGACCUCCUUGAUGCUCAAAAUGAAAGGCGAAGUCAGCGACCGUUGAGAAGGAGUCUGAUGAAACAAAGUAGUUUGGAUGAGUCAGCUGCUCUGGAAUUAGAGAUGAAUGAUCAAAUUGAGGAUGAAAUGAAGGAAAUUGAGGAACGGAGAGCAAUGGAAGAAUCUGGACAGUUACCACAACCUCCAUCGCCACGACCCAUGACCCCACUCCCUGCUAAAAAUAAAGGGCUUCCAUGGACUCCUAAAGUCCGACAAAAAGACUUGGACGCAUUUCUUGAAGCGUCGAGGCUGAAAUUUGUAGGUUUUCCUAUUCACGGCGAUCGCGAUACCCUUGCUGGGUUACCUGCUCCAAUUCACGAAGGAGUAAAAGUGUUGAAACAGCAUAUUUACGUCUCACUAAGUGAGCAUCAAAUAUCUCGUGAAGAAGUACUUGCGAAAUGUCCCUUGUCAAUAGCUGAUAAAGAAGAAUCUCCAACUUCAGAUGUGGAAACCUUGUAUGCUGCAAUUCAUCCCAGUUUAAAUCAAUAUGUUAUAGCCCUUUUAAAAAUUCUCCUGGCGGCUGCGCCAACGUCAAAAAGUAAAUCAGAAUCAAUCAACAUUAUGGCAGAUGUUUUGCCAGAAGAAAUGCCCAUGACGGUUGUUCAGUCUAUGAAAUUAGGAAUUGAUGUAGCUCGUCACAAAGAAAUAAUUGUGAAAGCAAUUUCAUCAAUUAUUGUUCUGCUGCUGAAACACACCAAAAUUAAUCACAUUUAUCAGUUUGAGUUCAUUUCCCAACAUCUGGUUUUUGCAAACUGCAUACCUUUAGUAUUAAAAUUUUUUAAUCAGAAUAUCACUGCCUAUAUAACUGCAAAGAAUACAAUUGCGCUGACUGACUUUCCUUCUUGUGUACUUGGGGAGCCUCCAGAAUUAACACCGGAAAGUUUAGAAUUAGGCGAACCUCAGCCAUAUUGCUGGAGAAAUUUAUUCGCCUGUAUUAACCUCCUGAGAAUUCUCAACAAAUUAACCAAAUGGAAACAUUCUAGAAUAAUGAUGCUAGUGGUAUUCAAGUCAGCCCCCAUUUUGAAGAGAUCUCUUCGGGUGAAACACCCCUUGUUACAAUUGUAUAUACUAAAGUUGCUUAAAAUGCAAACCAAAUACUUGGGAAGACAAUGGAGAAAAGCAAACAUGAAGACUAUGUCUGCAAUUUAUCAAAAAGUUCGUCAUAGACUGACGGACGAUUGGGCUUAUGGGAAUGACUUGGAUGCGCGCCCAUGGGAUUUUCAAGCCGAAGAAUGUGCGCUACGAGCUGCAGUUGACCGAUUCAAUAGUCGAAGAUACGGGGAUACAUCAAAGAUGCAUCCGGACUUUGAGCCAAUUGAUAAAUGUGUAACUAGUGUUCUUGGAAGGCCGGUGCAGCUGACGAGCACCUUCAAAGAAAAUUAUGAGAUGUGGUUGGAACAGGAAGUUUUUAAAAAUCCCGUUGAUUGGGACGAAGUACUAAAAUGUCAAGGGAUAAUGUAAUCGAAUGAGAAUGUUUUGUUCAGUCACAUGUCAGAGUAGAACGGGACAUUUAAUUUUGCGUUCGUUAUUUCUCUAUUUACUAAUGGAUUAAAGGAAUAGACUAAAAUACAAAUUGUAUCGUUAAAAACGCAGAAAGGGACAUUGUAUAAUACAAUGUCCCUUUCUGUGUUUUUAACGAUGCCUUUACGUUCCUUAUAUGCGGGAACGACAAUUUUGCAUAUAGAGCCCACUUUUUAUCCAACACACAAAUUGGUUUAAGACAGCUCAUUAUUAUACACCUGUUAAUUUCUAGUGUAUUAUUUUAACCUGAAAUUUGUAACGCGCCAGAUUGUUUUAACAUGUAUUCUAAAUUAAUUAUUCUGCUGGAUAUACUAUCCCAGACUCGUUUUUACCGUUAUUUGACCAAUAUAUACAUAGAGAUCUUCGGGUUUAAAUACUCGUAUACUAGAUGUCAAGGAGAAUACAAAACUGACAUGAAUAUAAUAUAAUGCAUGAUUAUAAAUGGAAUAUUUGGAAAAAAUAUAUCUUUAAAUAAAUAAAGUGGUAAGCACUUUGCGAUUUUAAACA